AUGGGAGAUCACAGUCAAGUCAUGCACGAAGAGGCGCUUGUUGCGCGCAUACUGUCACAGGCUCGUGCCAUCUACGGUCCUAAAUACCCCCAUGGCUCCACAUUCGAUGUCAUUUACAGCAGCAAGAUAUCUACAGGCAAGAACCUUGUCGUAUGGCUCAUCGUUUAUCCAAUGCCAGACAUUGCUGCCUUCAGGCCUGGAAAAGCUGUAUCGAACGAGUGGACUCCAGUUCUAAAGUCGCGGCGCAUAGACGAAAAAGGAACUGGCUCCACCCUUCAGCGAGGUUACCAAGAUCUUCUGGGGGAGCUACGUAACAUGAUGGUCGAGACUAUGGCUUCCAUGGGUAAGUAG